CCAAUGCACUCCAUCGUGAAUUAUAAAUGAUGGAAUGCAAACGCAUAAUCUUUUAACAACAACGGUCAGCGAGGAAGGAUGUGGAACUGUCAAAAUGCCGAAACCCGGGAUCGAACCAGGGACCUUUAGAUCUUCAGUCUAACGCUCUCCCAACUGAGCUAUUUCGGCGGUGAAAGGGUCCUAUCCGUGUUUACUCAUUUGUACAAAGUACGGACCUGAGUAUGGACGUCAUUUCACGCCGAAAUCGGCGCAAAGGCUGACGGGUAGAAAGGUCAAGAAUCGGUCGGUGGUGGUCGACGCCAGCCUUUAAAAUGACGGCUAACACUAAGUCUUCCCCCCACCCUCCCACCCCCCUUUCGGAUACAACAAACGCUGCAGAAAUGAACGACGACGAUUCUGUAGUAUAUGUUGGCUACAAUACCGUGAGGAAUGCGAGUAUGUCUUGUUUUAUCUGAAGAGGCUAGCGAGCGUUAGCUAUGUAGCUCGCUAGCGGCUGCGUGUUAUUGUUUUGUGGUGGUGGUCGUCGCCUGUCCCAGUGGGUCCACAAGCCUUUAUGGAGCCCUAAGCGGAAUUGAUUUGGGGCCUCCUCGCACAAUGAUGAUCCGUUUAAUGUGCAGCUGUCACUCAGCUCGAUUAACUGUGUUUUUUAGACUGUUAUAUGCAGAUUGGCACCAUCCGACUAAGUGUGCAGAGGAUAAAUCGAUGCAACAUCAAGAUCAGGACAAAAUACAGUGUGUGAAACGUACAACAAAGUGACCUUGUUGCGAUUGCUAAGGAAGCUAAUCUGAUAUUCAAGACCGGAGCUCUGUUUCUUCUUUCUGUAACCUUGUUAUUUUUUUCGUGGACAUUGUCUUGAUGUUUCUCAGCUUUGUGUUCUAAAGCUCUUUCUGUAACUUGUUUAAAAAACAAAAAACAAAAGAAAUCCUCAUGCUUUUCGGGGGCCGGUUGGUCUGCUCGUCCCUGGAAAAAUGGAUGACAAGUCCAGCAGCCACCACAGACUCCUGGUGGUCCUGCUCAUGGUGUUGAUCUUCGGCGUCAUCAUGAUCCAGUACGUGUGUCCGAGCAGGACCGAGUGCCAGAUGCUCCACCAGCUGGGGUCCUGGCUCCACAUGGCCGGUGCUGUGGGUUCUCAGAACGGCGGUGACAUCCAAGAGAAACGGGAUCCGUAUAUUGCAGAAGAUGGUGCCUUGGUGCGCUUUAUCCCGCGUUUCAACUUCACCAAGGCAGACCUGAACCGCGCUGUGGAUUUUAACAUAAAGGGAGACGACGUCAUAGUAUUCCUGCAUAUCCAGAAGACGGGCGGCACCACGUUUGGCCGACACCUGGUACGGAAUAUCCAGCUGGAGAGGCCGUGCGAGUGCCACGCCGGCCAGAAGAAGUGCACCUGCUAUCGGCCGGGGAAGAAGGAGACGUGGCUCUUCUCCCGGUUCUCCACCGGCUGGAGUUGCGGCCUCCACGCCGAUUGGACAGAGCUGACCCGCUGUGUCCCAUCACGUAUGGACUCCCAGGAGGUGCCCAAGACCAUGCAGAGUAGGAAUUAUUACUACAUUACCAUCCUGAGAGACCCCGUGUCCCGCUACCUGAGUGAAUGGCGUCACGUCCAGCGCGGUGCCACCUGGAAGGCCUCCCUGCACGUGUGCGACGGGCGCUCGCCGACGUCGUCCGAGCUGCCCAGCUGCUACCUGGGCGACGACUGGUCGGGCUGCUCCCUGCAGGAAUUCACCGACUGCCCUUACAAUCUAGCCAACAACCGGCAGACGCGCAUGCUGGCCGACCUCAGCCUGGUGGGCUGCUACAACGUCUCGGCCAUGAGCGUGGAUGAGCGCUGGGCCGUGCUCCUGGAGAGCGCUAAGCGGAACCUGCGUGGCAUGGCCUUCUUCGGCUUGACGGAAUACCAACGCAAGACUCAGUACCUGUUCGAACGCACCUUCAGCUUGGCCUUCAUUGCGCCCUUCACGCAGCUCAAUGGCACGCGGGCCUCUGGCGUGGACGUCCCCGCCGAGACGCAGCGCCGAAUCCGUCAGCUCAACCGCUGGGACGUGGAACUCUACGAAUAUGCUCGAGAUCUCUUCCUGCAGCGUUUCCAGUUCGCACGCCAGCGGGAGCGCAGGGAGGCCAGGGAGAGGCGGCAGCAGGAAAGGAGGCGGCUACGCGGCAGGCUUACCAGGCUUACUACAAAGCAAGGACGCCAGCAAAAGCCCACUCAAGCCCCCCCUGUGAUCGAAAAUCACUUGCUUGUAACUCAGUCCCAAGAAAAAGUUGAGGAAGAUGAGAGUGUGGAUUUUGAUGGGCUGCUCCCAGACUGGUGGGAAAUGGAUGAGAUCGGCACCAUGAAGGACUACAUGGACAAUGUGGAGCAGUGGAAAUGAACUUUUUUUUUUUUUUUUUUUUUUUCAAACUAGAAUGAAUAACGCCUUACUCAGUGGAGCAGAUAUGAUCUGAGCCAGAAGAAAUGACCUUGAAGCAACUGCACGAAUAACCUUUACAGAAUAUUUCUGUUAUUUAUAUCAACUGUGCUUAAAAGACCCGAGUAUGAUCUUCACUUACUGGAAUUUGUUUACACUACCACACAGUCCAGUUUUUUGUUUUAAAUGGAUUUUUUAAUGUUUAUUAUUAUUAUUAUUAUUUUUUAUCAAAUUGAUGUCCAAGAACCACAGUAUGCAAAUUACUGAUGCGUAAUCAUGGGAAUCCAUGUCUGUCUGUUUUCAUAUGAUGUUUCAUUCAGUUGCUUUUAUUUGUCUUAGUCUUAAAUAACCACAGAGAGGGUAUACUAAUAAUACACCCUUAACUUUAAAUCAGUCAACUCCAGGACAAUCCUGUACAAGUUCAGUAACUUUGUGAAAAAAAGUACUGUAUUGCUUAGGUGGUGAAAAGAAGAACAUAGUCUUCUUUUACGUGCAGUAUUUAAUGUUUAUAUUGAUUGACAUUGCUUGGGUUUGUUCAUUCCAAUAUGGUCCAGUCAUUUUGCCUUUCAGUUUUAUUUUUCUUUGAACAACACACUACCUUUUCUUAAAAGACACAGUUUGAGAAUAGCAAUGUUUUUCAAAUUGGCUUAAGUUGUCAUACAUUUUAAACUAGCUUUCAUAACAAAGAAAUAGAAGAUACCUCAGCGUGUAGCGUAACUGAUAUUUGUUGUAAAAGCUGUGACUGUUUCAAUGUACUGUAUCUUGUCUUUUUUUGUUGUUGUAAAUAUACAAAAACUAUUUUACAUGCA